CCCAUUGGGCUUCUUCUUAAAGUCAUUUCUUUAAUCCGUCACACACACAAUUAAAACCAUAACAAAGGCAUUCCCAUUUCUUUCCCUCCCUCGGGAGUCCCCUUCAUAUACUACAACUCUUGUAGUACUUGUUAAACUUACGGCUCUCCCAAAUUUGGGGCUCUGUUUCGACUCUCUUUCUUCCUUUUUCAAGCCAUUUUCAUCCUUUUCUUCAGCGUUUCUGCAAAUUUGAAGGCACAUAACUUGUGCUUUUUCUUUCUUUUGUUUCCUUUUUAAGCAUAGAGGUUUUGAUUGAGUUUUAUUUCCUUAUUCGUGGUGUAAAUUAAAUGCUUUCCUUUCUUCAGUCAACAGCGAAAAUCUAAUUCCUUCAUCCAUUUUAAGAAAAUAAUUCAUUCUUCUUUUAAUUACUCCUAUAUCCAACAAGUUUCUUGGUGGAUUACUUUCACAUCUCUAUUCAUCUUCUAGAAUAUUCGUCUCUUCACGCAUUGAUUCUGUGAACUACAGAUUCACUAUAUAUAAAUAUUGCUGCAUUCCCCAUUUUUGUUUUUUCAGUGAGGUAGCGCAGUGAAAAAUGAAUGUGAAUUCAAUUGUGGUGUUGAAAUUGGUUCUGCUAAUUUGCUGGCCAUGGCUGGUUUACUCAAAAGAAGAAGAGAGUCGGCUUCUGGUCAACAUGACUCUUGUCCAUAACGCUUCUACUCUAGGAGCAUAUUGUUUGGAUGGAAGUUUGCCUGCGUAUCACCUGCACCGAGGAUUUGGAGCAGGAACAAGCAAUUGGCUUUUGCAAUUUGAGGGUGGUGGAUGGUGCAAUGAUAUCAAAUCAUGCUUGGAUAGAUCCAAAACUCGGCGGGGAUCAACUCGUUACAUGAAUAAGUGGGAGGUCUUCUCCGGCAUUCUCAGCAACAAUGCGUCAUUAAAUCCUGAUUUCUACAACUGGAAUCGGGUGAAGCUCAGAUAUUGUGAUGGAGCCUCAUUUGCUGGUGAUUCUAAGUUCUAUAAUGGGACAUAUUCCCGUAGCAGCGGCGAGCGAAAUGGGAGCACAUUGCUUUAUUUCAGAGGACAAAGAAUUUGGCAAGCAAUUAUUCUUGAUCUUCUCCCAAAAGGGCUCGGGCGAGCGAAGAAGGCUUUGCUUUCUGGCUGCUCUGCUGGGGGCUUGGCGACCUUUUUGCAUUGUGACAACUUCACCAGUUAUCUACCAAAGAAUGCUAGUGUGAAAUGCUUGAGUGAUGCUGGAUUCUUUUUAGAUGAGAGAGAUAUAAGUCUGAACCACACUAUCAGAUCUUUCUAUGAAGAUCUUAUUUCCCUACAGGGGGUAGAACCAAAUCUCAAUCAAAAUUGCACUUCUACUCUCUACUAUCCACACCUGUGCUUCUUCCCACAGUAUGCAUUACCAUACAUCAGAACGCCAUUCUUCAUCUUAAAUUCAGCAUAUGACGUGUACCAAUUCCAUCACAUAUUGGUUCCGCCUUCUUCUGAUCCUCAAAGGCACUGGUAUCAUUGCGAGCUUAACGUUGCGGCAUGCAAUCCAAGUCAACUAAAUAUUUUGCAAGGGUUCCGGAAAGAUAUGCUUGAAGCUCUGAGAGUUUUCUAUGAAUAUUCAAGAAGAGGUGGGAUGUACAUAAACUCUUGCUUCACUCAUUGUCAAAGUGAGACACAAGAUACCUGGUUUGCAGUUGACUCUCCUCGAAUAAACAACAAGACAAUUGCAGAGGCAGUUGGUGAUUGGUACUUUAGCAGAAAUGUGAGCAAGGAGAUUGAUUGUGCAUAUCCUUGUGACACAACUUGUCACAACAUGAUUUGAUACAGAGAUCUCAUACAUGCUGAUUUUUAAAGGGUAAUUGGAACCCGGAAACUCAGCUAUACACAACCAUACAGACAAUACUGGUUAUAUACUGCAGAUUGAUUCUUUUAGAAGUGGGAUGCAGAAAGGAGUAGGUGUUUUUUUUUGUUGUAAGAUUUUAUAAUAUAUUGCAGAGUAAAAAGCAGUUUUCUUAUAUUCUGAGAGGAGAGAUGUUGGAGAUGCUGAUUAGUCACAUAGAACAAAUAUGUAUAUCAUUUUUAGCAUAGAAUACGAUAAUGCUGGAUUCCAUACAACUGAAUCUGAACUUUUAUGUUCAUAUAUCAGGCCAAAGAAAUAUAUUCACUAAUCACUA